ACAGCACAGGCAGCAGCCACUCUUGAUGAAUAGCAGAGACACUCUGGGCUCUUUGCCAGAAAGUGUGUUUAUAUUACAGUGGAAUUGUGUGAGCAUCCUGGGAGAUUGGUUGGCAGCACCCAUGGGGGGAGUAAAGGAAGAAAGAAGAGUUGGACGACGAAGAGGUCCGACUGUGCAGCACUGAACAAGCAGUGUGAGCAUAUUAAGGAAAGAACACCUACCCGAGUGUGAGCCAUGGCCUGAGGAAACAGUAAUUCCAAAAGAAAAAAAUAUAGUGUGGCAAAAUGAAAGAAGAUUACCUGGUUUGACUGGAAGCAAACACAAAUUAAUCCCAAGCCCUUAAAAUGUAAGGUUUAAUUCAAGGGGAUUUGUUCUGGAUAUGUUGUGGCUAUGAUCAUGUUACAUGUUAUCCCCCAUCAGAGCGCUACUCUGAAUACUAAGGCUAAAUCCACUUUUACUUUGAUCUUCCUGAAGUCCAAAAAAUCAUGGGAAGUGUUAGCAGUCUGAUAACAGGUCAUAGUUUACACAACAAGCACUGCCGUGCCUCUGAAUACAAGUUGAAAAAGACAUCACAAUCAAAGAAAGCAAGCCGCAGUACGGAAGGCUACAUCAAGUAUGGCUUUUCCCAGGAUUCAGCUAACAACAAUGCCAAAGCAAUCUCCAAACAUGGGAAGACCGAGGAUUUCUUCUAUAUUAAAGUGAGCCACAAAGAUAGAGUACCUGCCAGAAAUAACACCAGCAAACCUUUUGCAGGAGAGGAAGACAACAGAGCAGAGAAAGAAAUGGAGACUGGGAAGUCAACACCGCCAAAACUGGUGCCCAUUUCUGGACAGUUAGGAAAAGGCACUGAAAAGGGACUCAUACGACCUACAGCUUUCAAACCUGUCAUUCCCCGUAAUAGCAAUUCCAGCACUUCCACUACUACUGAAAGUCAUAGUCUUAGCCAAAUCCAUGAGAACAGACUGAGCCCAUCAGACAAAUCAAAAGAGCAAAAACAGAAGCCAUCCAACGGCUGUGGGACAUUGUCUGACUCUGGUAGGAACUCGAUGUCUAGUCUUCCAACACAAAGCACAAACAGCUGCUGCCAAGUGGAGAAUCUUUCAUCUUCAGUAGGCCCUCCGAACAAAUUUGGUGGUUCUGUUCAAAAUGUGAGCCACUCGAGUAAUGUGAGUGGGUCAAAAGAGAGCAAUAUCAUCAGUCUAAAAGUGAUGUCAUUCUCUGACAGCGUCCAGGCUUCUCAUAAUCCCGUUGCUUCUUCUUCUGGACAGAUCAACAUGUUUUCAGAAGUCACUUCUUGUAUUCGCUCACCCAUUUCCACGAAAGAAAGCCUCAUUCAACAGCUGGAGCAGAAACUCCUGGAAAGGGAGACAGAACUGCAAGAAUUACAGGUCAGCUUUGAGGAAAAAGAAGCAGACACCUGCCAGAUAUUUGAAGAGAAACAAAAAUACUGUGCUGAGGAGAUGGAAGGACUCAAACAGAGGUGCUCAACAAAACUCAGGCAAGUUUCACAAAGAGCUGUGAGAGCCCAGCAGGUCAUGCAGCUCCAAGUCUUUCAGCUACAGCAAGAAAAAAAGAAACUCCAAGAUGAAAUGAACCAACUUGCACGAGAAAGAGAUUUGCUGGCAGUGAAGCUCAAAUCUUACGAGAAGGAGCAGACCAAAUUGGCGCCAACACUGGAGGAAACGCAGUGGGAGGUUUGCCAGAAAUCAGGAGAAAUUGCCUUAUUAAAGCAGCAGCUAAAAGAAUCCCAGGGAGAUGUAAGCCACAAACUCAAUGAUAUUGUGAGUCUCAAAGCCACGCUGAAGGAAACCAAAGGAAAGAUGGAGACUCUAGAGAGCAAAGUCAAGGACCUGGAGGAGUCUAUUCGGGCAAAAAGUGUGGAGGUAGAGGUUUGUGAGAAUGAGCUGCAGCGGAAGAAGAAUGAGGCAGACCUGCUGAGGGAGAAAGUGAGCAAGCUAGAGAUGGACAUCCGGAUUAUGAAGCAAGACCUGGCCCUGGCUAAGGAACAACAACAGAAAAAUCGCACAAAAGAAUUGGGUAGCCGGGCUGCCACUUUUCACCAAGCCAAAGAUUCUGACAAUGGGGGGGCAGAUGAGAUGGAGACAUUACAGGAAGAAGUGGAGAAACUCAAAACAGACCUGAUGGAAGAGAAACAUAAGAAACAGAAAAUGGUGGCGACUUUUCAGUUAGAAAGGCUGACCUGGAACAGGGAGAAGGAGAAAGUCAUCCGGUACCAGAAGCAAUUGCAACGAAAUUACUUACAGAUGCAUAAAAAGAACCAGGAGCUAGAAAAAAUCUUAAAGGAGCUAACGGCAGAACUGGAGAGCAGAGCAGACAUGGAUAUUGAACUGCAUGACGAAGAAAUUCAAUAUGAGGAAAUUGUAGCUACUGAAAUAUAAAUGGCGCAAUAAGCAGGACAAAAUGCAUGGAAGCACAUAAUGCUUGUCCUUUGAACCUCUAGCACUUGGUAAAAUUCUACUUUAUUACUUUACACAGGAUACACUUUCACAGACACAUUGGAUAAUAUUUUCACUUAAUGUCUUGACCACAAAGCAAUCAAUGUACUUUAAAAAUGUACUCUACUUGAAAAGGAGGCAUUAACAAGAAAAAAGGGCCAAAUGUCUAGACUAUAAUGCACCACUUGGUUUCAGUCCAACUUUUUUUUCCAUUGGUGUUGCUAACUGUGACUAAGAGUAUCUGAAUAUUAGCACAGCUACAUAAUAAAGGAAGCCUUCUCAGGGUUUUGUGUGCACUUAUGCAGGACACGCUGAAAUGGUGCAAAAUGUUUUGGCAGUGUUUCAUUUUUGCAUUCAGAUUCUUUCAAGCUUUUUCAAUAAUUCAAACUGAAAUCUUUGAGUUGGGGCGAUGCACCUACAUCAUAAAAAAAUGACGAUAAUAUGGAACUAACAGGAAAAUCAUUUUGUAUUACAUUUCGGCAGAUCCUUGAUAUUUAUAUACUAUAUAAAGGGGUGGCAAUUUACUGAAAAAAGAUUUACUUGAAUGAAGAAUAAAAGAAAGGUAUGCUUACGAUUUUGGAACCAUUCUGCUAGACCUUGCUUUCCAUUAACUCUCCCUUUGAGUAGAGCAGGAUGGGCUGGACUGCUUGGCUGUAGACAUUAAUCCUGGCACUGGACAGAGCACAGUGGCCAGUAGGUUCAAAAACUGAACAAAGCCAAAAAGCAAGUAAUGCACACUGAAACUUUCUAUUGGCACACUUGUUUUAUUUUAUCAUGCUUCAUUAUUUAUUUCUAUCACUGUAUAAAUGAGUUUUUGGAAAA